GCCGACAUCGGGCCGUUUUAUAUUCUUAAUUCUAACUCAAAAAGAACAGUAACAUGAUUUCUAAAACGACUUUGAGUCAUGUUUAAAGAGCUUUGAAGUUGAUGAUUUUUACUUUUUUUGUGCAUUUUAUAAAUAUGAUACCCAUUGUUUGAAUUCCGCAGCAUCACUUCCUUGGAAUAGGAGUUUUCCAAAUUCUACUACAGAUGGCGCCAACAUUAGUGACCCCGGCGCCAGCAUUGCUUCAUAUUUCCGCAUCUCAAUCUUCCUCAAAAACUCCAAGUAUAGAAUUGCAAACAGCGACUCCAUCGCCUCUAAUUCAGGGUUCGCAGGCUUCGUUGAACAAUGCGGAACCAAAUGGUUCCGCGGCUGUGCCAGAUGACUUUUUCGUCUCCGGUCGGUUUCCUACAUGGAGAAAAAUACUUAUCCUCUUCACCACCAGUUGGAUCACCUUAGCUGCUACAUUUUCUAGUACAUCUCUUUUUCCAGCGGUUCCAGAAAUUGCGGAUGAAUUUGGCACUGUCCCUAGUGUUGUCAACUAUAGCAAUGCGGCCAUUCUCGUUGCAAUGGGCCUUGCUUCAUAUAUUUGGGGCCCAAUGAGUAUGAUCAUCGGAAGAAGAUCUGCAUAUAACAUUGCAUUGUUUAUUUUCUUCGCCUUUGCAAUUGGCGCAGCACUUGCGCCCAAUCUCCAGACAUUUGUUGCAAUGCGCACAUUGGCUGGUUUCGAAGCAUCUUUCUUCAUGGUUGCUGGGCAGGCCAUAAUUGCUGAUAUAUUUGAUCCUCUACAUCGUGGAACAGCCACUGGAUUUUUCAUGUGCGGAACGGUAACCGGACCAGCCCUAGGGCCGUGCAUUGGUGGCAUUAUUGUGACUUUUGUGACGUGGCGAGCCAUAUUCUGGCUGCAAGCAGGCAUGGCAGCUUCUGGCCUCAUUUUAUCACUUAUUUUCGUGCCAUCAAUUACCCGACCAGCUACGGAAGGGCAAGCGACCUUUGUAAAGUCACAACUUCUCUCGCAAUUUAGUCCCAUGCGAGUUUUGGAACUUCUUAUCUAUCCUAACAUUCUGCUGACAGACAUUGCAUGUGGAUGUUUAAGUUUCACUCUCUAUUCCCUUCUCACGCCUCCUCGGUAUCUGAUCAAUCCACGUUUCCACCUCACCACUCCAUUAGUCUCUGGCCUAUUUUAUAUUGCACCUGGGGCGGGCUUUUUCUCUGGGGUCCUUAUCGGAGGCCGCUGGGCUGACAUGACGGUGAAGCGAUACAUUGUCAAACGUGAAGGCACACGGCUUCCUCAAGACCGGCUAAACAGCGGUGUCCUUGCUUUCUUCUUCAUGGUCCCCGCAGCCACGCUCGUCUUUGGAUGGUCCUUGCAAUACGUGGUCGGGGGACUUCCAGUUCCAACCAUUGCCAUGUUCUUUAGCGGCAUGGGUUUGAUGUUUGCCUUUAGUAGUUUGAAUACCUACUGUGCAGAGGUUAUGCCCGGCAAACGCGUUCAGGUAAUUACGGGGAAAUACUUUAUACAAUACUGCGCUGCAGCCGCAGGAAGUGCCUCCAUUCUUCCUUUAAUUAACAAGAUUGGUGUCGGACCGGCAUGCACUUUUACCUCUGGAGUUACUAUGCUCGGAGGAGUCUUAGUGCUCAUCACUGCCAGGAAGGGAUCUGAAAUGCAGCGCUGGGUGGAUCAAUGGCGGAAAUCCCAUCGGGAUCAUGAAUAACAGUAUUUCGACCAUAAGCUUCAUACUAUACCUAGUUUCUUUAAAAAAAAAGAGGACUUUCUAAUCCAUACGUUGCGCAUUGGGUCUGACUGAUAAUACGAGCACAUCAUACUCCGUAAGGCUGCACAGGAUCGUUGAUAUUGAGACAUUUCUUUUAUAUUCAGGGCUCACAGGGAG